CCCCUCCAGUUUCCCCGGUGAAUUCCAGAUUGCUUACUGCUUCCGACACCAGGCUGAAAUUAUCAAGCAACCCACUAAAACCAAGCCUCUUAAUCCAAUCCCGACUUGAGUCAUCUCGAGAAAUUCGACCUCAGUACAGUAGCCCCAAGGUAUUAUUAAUCGUAGUCAAGUCCAAUCUAGUCAGCCCUCGAAUUGAUCAUGCGUUUUACCAUCAGCUCGACCGGUUUCAAAUUGGAAACAUUGCUACUGCUCAGUCAACUCCUACUCGGGAUUUCGAUCAAUGCUGCUCCAACGAAAACAACUGAUGAGCAAUCCUUAUCAACCUAUGGAAUGUACCUCCCUGUUGCACCGUGCGAGUCGCCAUGCAAAUUAAAUUCGGGUGGAAAGAAGAAUUGAUCACUUGAAAACAAAUCUCUAACGAUAAUUUUGAGGCUGUGUCAACCUAGCGGCCGACGACUCACGACUCCAUUGAUUGCUACUUCUUUUUUUAGUAUAUGAUAGGGUUGAUAAAACCAUCAGCUUGCUUCCAUUUAUUUCUCGUUUGUUGUUUUUGAACUCAUGGACUUAUUUCUGACCUUCCAAACCAAAUAGUCUACCUGUUGGUAUUAUUCUUCACUCUUAAAGAU